AUGACUACAGCUAUGACUCCAGCUAUGAUUCCAGAUAUGUGCUCAUCCCAAACUCCUUCAACACAAGGAGUCAUUGACGCUCAAAACGUCUCUACAUCCCCCACAUCACCGAAUUCGAUAGGGAGCAGUGACAGUGGUGCGUCCGGAUCUGUCGACUCGGAGAAUUCGAACUCGACGUACAAAAGGAGAAAAUUGUCGAGUCGAAACUCUUAUCCUCCUUCUAAAAGAGUCAACAUCCAAUCUCCUCUGCCGUCAACUCCUUCCAACUUGGGUUGUGUCUUGUCUUCGGACCUCUUCCUCAAUAAAUACACAAAGAUAGGAAUGUUGUCCGCUGGUUCUUUUGGAGAAAUGGAUUCCAUCCAAGAGAUAAGCACUGGGGAGAAGUUCGCCAUCAAGAGGGAUAAGGAUGGUGCCAUGAAUUCGGAGUUGCAAGAUGAAUGGAAAUUGCAACGAGAUCUGACCCACCCAUCGAUUAUUCGGGUGUUCAACUACUAUGAGGGCCAGAAAAACGAUGACCCUCAUAGUGGAAUGGUUAUGGAGUUGGGAAAGAAGAGUAUGCAGGAUAUGUUGGAAGAUCAGGCAGAAGAGUACGAUGAUGCAGACAAAGAACACAUCUUGCACAUCGACGAAGCUGUGAUGAAGGGCUACCUUCGAGAUGUGCUCCUCGGGCUUCAACAUUUGAAGUCCAAAGACAUAUUCCAUCGGGACAUAAAGCCACACAAUAUGAUCCUUGGAUACGAUGGACAUAUGAAGAUUGCAGAUUUUGGCUUUUCGCAGAAGAUGGUAGAUGGUCAAAGGGUUCGUAAAGAUACACAGGUGGGGACUGGUGGUUGUCUCGAGGCUGAUAUCUGGGCGGCAGGGGUGCUCCUUUUUGAGUGCUUGAAGGAGUACCACCCUUUUAGAAAAGAAUUUGUCGAAGACGAAGAGGAAGACGAAGAGGAAGAGGAAGAGGAAGAGGAAGAGGAUGACGAAGAGGAAAUUACCAGACAGAUGCAUAUAAACAUCAAAAAUGGAAUCUUCGUCGACGCUCCGAGUCAGGGUUAUCCGGAUAUCAGUAAAGAGCCGGAAGAGUUGAUGGCGGGAAUGUUGAAAACCAACCUCAACGAAAGGUGGACAGCCGAGAAGUGUCUUGAACACCGCUGGGUCACUGGCCAAUCUAGCCCAUGA